UUCAUUAAGAUCUAUAAAUGCAUUUCAAAAGGUAUUCUGCUUUACUUCAGCUGAAGACUGAGAACAAGGACUGCAAUACAAUCCGAAUGUAAAAGGUUUUGCUGCAGACAUGUAUUUAUCUGAUCCAGUUACAAUUUUCCUCUCCGUUGCCACCUUUGUUUUGUUGGCAGUUUUUUCAUAUGGUCAGAAGAAAAAAGUUCAUCCAAAUUAUCCUCCUGGACCACCACGUUUGCCUUUAAUUGGAAAUUUGCACAAUAUAAAUUUCAAUAAACCUUACAUAACAUUUCAUAAGCUGGCUGAAAAAUAUGGCUCAGUGUACAGCCUACAGAUGGGACCUCAGAAGAUGGUUGUGCUGUGUGGCUAUGAGACGGUGAAAGAUGCGCUGGUCAACCAUGCUGAGGAGUUUUCUGCAAGACCCUAUGUGCCAGUGUUUUUUGAUAUGUUCAAGGAACAUGGUCUUAUAUUUUCUAAUGGUGAUAACUGGAAAGCCAUGAGACGAUUCACUCUUUCUACACUGCGGGAUUUCGGGAUGGGGAAGAGAACAAUAGAAGAUAAUAUCACUGAAGAGUGCCAAAGUUUGAUAAAUAUUUUAAAAGCCUACAAAGGAAAACCAUUUGAAAACACGAUGAUCAUGAAUGCUGCUGUGGCCAAUAUCAUUGUGUCCAUAUUGCUUGGUCAUCGUUUUAACUAUGAUGAUCCAAAACUUUUAAGGCUUUUAACAAUAGUCAAUGAUAAUGCCAGAAAUGUUGGUACACCAAUGGUUUUGUUGUACAAUGCAUUUCCAUCUGUGGUCCGAUGGUUGCCUGGGAAUCACAGAGAUAUUAUUCCAAGCAUGGAUGAGUUGCACUCUUUUAUCAGAGAAACCUUCACCAAUCAGAGGAAUAAUCUUAAUGUCAAUGAUCAGAGGAAUUUCAUCGAUGUCUUCCUGGUCAAACAAAAGGAGGAAAAGCCAAAUCCAGAGUUAUAUUUCAAUGAUACAAAUCUGACAAUGCUGGUGACGGAUUUGUUUGGUGCUGGAAUGGAGACAACCUCCACCACCCUCCGAUGGGGCCUCCUGCUGAUGAUGAAAUAUCCAGAAAUACAAAAAAAUGUUCAGAAGGAAAUUGAAAAAGUCAUCGGUUCCGGAGAGCCUCAACUGAUACAUCGAAAACAAAUGCCAUAUACUGAUGCUGUUAUCCAUGAAAUCCAAAGGUUUGCCAAUAUCGUGCCAACAAAUGUUCCGCAUGCCACUACUCGGGAUGUGACUUUCAAAGGAUUCUUUAUACCCAAAGGGACUCAAGUGAUUCCACUGCUGUAUUCUGUCCUAAGAGACAAGAAGCAUUUUAAGAAGCCAGAAGAGUUUUACCCUCAGAAUUUUCUGGACCCGGAGGGAAACCUUGUUAACAAUGAAGCCUUUAUACCAUUUUCUGCAGGUAAGAGAAGUUGUGCUGGAGAGACACUGGCUAAAAUGGAACUGUUCCUCUUCUUUACAACACUGCUGCAAAACUUCACCUUUCAGGCUCCACCUGGAGCAAAACUGGACCUCACAGGCGCUGUUGGCUUCACAACUCCUCCACUGAAGCAUGAGAUCUGUGCAAUUCCUCGUAGUUAAAAUGAAAUAGCAGUAAAAACAGUAUAUGAAUAAUAUUUGUGGACUGAGUUUAAUCUUUCUGAAAGAGAAUCUGUUUAUGAUUUGUAGAAAUGUAGUUGAAUAUGGAGACAAAAGGUCCUUCCAGAUUGGUGAUAAAUGCAUCUUUAUACGUAAAAUGAAAGAUGAAAUAAAUGAACUAUGAAAGCAAA